UGAGCGUCAUGACUGAGCCAGCCCGGCGCCCCACGUGCAUUUUUGCCCGCAUAUUUCACCAUGGCAACUGCAGUAUUCGAAUCGAACGGAUAGCUUUCGCACGUGCACGCGAGCGUCGGAUCGCGAUCGAACUCUACGAUCGACUCGAUCGUCGGAUCUCUCGCACUUCGACAAAACAGUCGAGUCGGUAGAUCUACGACGGUAGAGAUCCAUGGAUCUACAAAGUAGAUCUGUGAUCGUGAGGAGCUAGCUCGUGGCCCGUGGAGUUAUCAUGGCCAUGCGAUAGCGAGAGCGAGCUACAGAUCAGAGUGAUUUUGCUAGUUUCUGGUUUGGGUUUGGUGACUAAAAAAAUAAUUGUGGGGUGUUUCUUGUUUUGCCAAAGAGUACGUGGAGCUGAGCUGUAUACAUGUAUGGUGUAUCCGCAGGUGCUCUUGCUUUUACUUUUGGACAGUUUGUUUUCACCCUUUGGCGCUACUGAGCACAUACUGGAUGCCACGCAAGGCUGCAGUUCGGCUCCUUCAUCAGUGAAAGGGACAGGUAUUGGUCGUUAUCCUUGAUUUAGUCCCUCAUCGUGGCCAUGGCUUCUCGGCUGAGAGAGAACUCGGCUGCGAAUGUACCGAAAUGGACUGUGGACGAUGCAGGUGCGAAGAAAACUAAGAGCAAGGCCAAAGCUAAGCAGAAAAGCCCGGCCAAGGCGCCACGAUCGAAGGGCGGCGCAGGAUAUUCAGCAUGUCAAAGUGGCAAUGCGUCUAAACCAGCAAUGGUGUCUGGCAAACAAUCUGACACCUGUGGCUCGCCUGCUCCUGGUGGUGAUGGUGCUACGCUAAAGGACUUGUGCUUUGAUGAUAAGCGACGCCUGGCAGCGCUUGUGAAGGAGCUUGCAGAUGUCACCGAGUCUCGUGAGCUCGCCAUUGUACAUUUGCAGGAGGAGCGUGUCAACUUUGAACGCAAGCUAUCUGAGCUGAAGGAGCACCAUGAUACGCUGAUGCAGUCUCGUGAAGGUGUCGAGCUGCAAUACAGGCAGUCACAAGGAUUGCUGCAAAUGUACCGCAAUCAGCUGGUAUCUCAGGAAGGUGCUUUAGCUGAAUUGCAGCUGCAACAGCAGGGCCAUCAGCAUUUGUCCAGCAACACAACAGUGAUGGCAUCAGCUCAGCCACCACCACUGGCACAUGCAACAGCUGGUAGACCAGUAGCAAGCGAGCUGUUAUCUUCCUGUCAGCAGCAGCGCUCUUCAGGCCUACCAUUGCCAGCUGGUAGUUGCAGUCAGUCUUCACUGCACAAAACCACCAUGAUAUCACGUGACAGUCACACAGGGCCACUGCAGGAAGCAGCCUUGCAUAAUCCUCUUACCACUAUGCAUGUGUGUACCGAUGUGUCCAACAGCAGCAGCGGCAGCAGCAUUAAGCGAAUGUCUGAUGCUCAUGUUCCACAUCAUCGUGCACCGGCAAGCUGUGAUAUUUUCAAUUCAGCAAACUCCCCGCCUGUGACGGGAUUAAACUCACAGCAGCAGCAGCAACACUGUAAUACUGGCGCAACGCAUGUGGGCAGUGGGCAGUCUUUUCCACAGUGCUCUCGUCCUUGUGAUGGCUGUAAGUCCAGCAGACGUGUUGCCACAACAACUGCUCCCACCUGCAGUUCUAGCUCCUGUGCAUCUUUCCAGUCCCAAGGAAACAGUGGUUCGGACAGUGCACAUGAGAGACUUGCUCCAGCCUCAAGACAACGGCGUCCAAAAGAAUAUGUUAAAACCAGUAAGACUGACAAGUCGAACCAUGUUGCUAACCCUCAAGUACAGAGUGUUGGAAGGACCUGUCGAUAUUCAAGUCAGUCACAAGUCGUCGUUCAACCUGUUGUUCCACCUCACCAGGAUCAUCAAGACUCGGCAAUGGGGGCUCUUGCUAGUCAUCAUACUGAAGCCGUGAAGGCCAGCAUUCCACCCCAGGCUUGUACUAAAGACCGCCAGCAGCAACAGCACCUUCACCAUCGGCAUCCUCACCAUCAGCCUUGUCACCGAGAGGAAACUGGACCAGGAUCAGAUGCUGCAUUACAUUCCCGGUCGCCUAGCUCAUGGCUGCCAGGCAAUGUUUGUCCAUAUCAUCAGUUCAUUCAGCAGCAACAUGUUCUACAGCAGCAACAACAGUCCCAGCUCCAAGCUCUUGAGAAACUCCUAUCUCUACCCACACCAGGUUCUGUCGCACCUGCUGACAAAACUGGGAGCUGCAAGCAUCGCCAUGCUCGCAAGAAGAACAAAAAGAAAGCUGAUGCUGAUGCGUACCCAUUGAUGAGCACGGACCCUAGUGCACUCGCCACCAGCAAUGCACCGCACACCAAGUCAGAACCGGGUAAUGGUGGUGCUCUUGCUGCUUCCCAUGCCCCGAAUCACGGUUCGCAUUGCCAUUCUAAAUCCGCAGCUGAACAUGGCCAUAGCAAAGUUGAAAAGGAGCCAUCUCUUUUCUCCCCUGCUUCAAAGCUGAGUGAUGGAUGUUCAGUUGUAACAUCAUCAACUUCAUCUUCCUCAUCGUCGUCGUCGUCAUCAUCACCUGUUCUGAAAUCUUGUGCACUAUCUACCUCAGCAGUGCUAGUCCAGCCGGAUUCUCUGAAAACUACACGCACGUCUAUGUCUGCUAAUGUACAGCAACACAAGAGGCAUCCGCCAUCACAUCUCAGAUCCACCAUUUCUGAAGGUUCCAUCAAUGAUUUCUCGCUGGCACCUAGUGAAUCACUGAGAGUCGAAGAUCUUGGCGAUGAACUGGAUCGUCUGGAAGAAGACUUGGCUGUACUUUCCUUGCUCAAUGACCGCGAUGCAUCCAUUGAUCGUUGUUCAAUGGAUAGAGCAGUUUCGUCAGCAUCGGAUGAAGCUAACUUGCUAGCACUGGACGCAAGUGACCUAAAUUUCAGCUACUGGGACAGUCGGCUGCCAGAUUUGAUUAGUAUUCUAUCCGAGCUGGAGAAUGAUUCCAAUGCCAGCACGGAAGUAUCUCCCCGUCAAGCCACUCCUGUGUCGCGUGUUCAUCCAACCAGCAGCUCCAUGCCAAGUGAGCUGCUUGCUCAGCAUGAAAGUAAUCUCUGUCAAACACUGGACUAUGUCUUAGACCGAUGAAUUUUGAAUUUGAAGACUGUCUCACCCCUCCCCCAACACAUACGCACAUGCACACGACACGCCCAUCAGGCUAUGAGGGCAUUUUUACUUUUAUUCUUUAUUAGCAAUGUACAGUAGCAGUGUGCCUGACACUGCGUACCAACUUGGAUAGCAGAUACAAUUCAUGCUGGGCCGAGGGUCCGGAUCGUGGGAUGUAUGUGAAUAGUGACCUCCACUUGUCAUGGGCCACUACUUGCCUUCAAAAUAUCAGUGCUCUAUUUCUCUUAUGCCUGUGAUUUUAAAGUACUGAAGUACACUGUAUUCUUGUGACCUGUAGUUGUCACUGAAGAAGUAUUUUGUCCUAUUUACUUCAAGAAGUUUUUUUUAUGAGUACAUCAUUUUAUUCUGACCUUGACUUGGCUUGAGCCGAAUCUAUUCACACUUAUUUCUGUUCCUCAUUGUUUUCACAUGCAGUGCAAGUUGUGUACGUUUGCUUGGCAUACUGGCCUGCCCCCCCCCCCCCCCACACACACACGCGCCACAUUUGUCCAUAUGACAUGCAUGAUGCACUUCACCGACCUUGGCUUCAGUACCGGUAGGUAGUAGGCGCAUGGCAUCGCCACUUGAAUGCAUGUACAUGUACUAUGAUCGACUAUGACCUGUGAGGCUGUGCCCGAUUGUA